AUACACCCACACGAACUUAUGCGGCUCCUACAGUACAGCGAACGCGGAGAGCUCAGCAUUUAUAGCUUCGAUGAUGGCGAUAUACCCCCCUACGCGAUACUCUCACACACCUGGGGCGCAGAUGGGGACGAGGUGACGUUCGCAGACCUCCAGGCAGGCGAUGGCGAGACAAAGCCAGGCUACCAAAAGAUCCUCUUCUGCGGAAAACGGGCGCGGCGCGAUAACCUCUAGUACUUCUGGAUCGACACGUGCUGUAUCAAUAAAGCUAAUAAGGCUGAACUCGCCUUCUCCAUCCGAUCGAUGUUUCGCUGGUACCGCGAUGCAGCUCGGUGUUAUGUAUAUCUAUCGGAUGUCUCUAGUCAACCUCUAUUAGUUACGCCAGGCUACAACGAUUCACGAUGGCUUUUGUGGAUCUGGAUGCUCUCUAUUCUCUAUACUAUGUCGGGAUGGU